AACGCUUUAUAGCUGUUAUUUCAAGUCUUUCAUUUUAGUCAGAGCGGGAGACUACCAUAUUUAAUAUGACAACCUAUCUAACAUGUCUAUUGCCUAUUAACAUGUAACUGAACGAACAAAUGGCGAAUUCGGUCUUUGCUGUCACUGUGCAGCAAGGCACUUCAAACAGUCUCAGGGUUUUUCAAUUCUGCCCCUGUGUUGCGCGCUGUAGACUGUCACAUUCCAACUCAAGCAGCUCGUACAGGAACCCUCAGCACAAACAAAAAAAACGCGCUGCACAGGAACCAGUUCAACGGGUUGUUUAAACGAGGAAGUGAUGGGGCGAGUUGUAGUUGCAGUUGCCGGAGAAAUACAAACUCAUGUAGUUUCCAAUUAAGUGCAACGACGUUCUGUUUGGAACGCUGGACUGCUAGUACUGCUCAUAGCGAGGAGCGCUAGGAGCGUAAAGAUUCCCCAUUGUGUCUGACUAAUCCUUGGCAAGGUGUGCUCGCUGUGCUGUUUUGAUUGCAACGGCAGCAGUUUGAGAGGGGAGGCAGCACUGUCUUGUAGAAUGCGGAAUGUCAGCUCAAUGUCUCCUCCGCUCACAGAGGGACCAGCUCGUUGGAGUCCUGGCAGGAGGGUCUCAGGACACUUUCCACAGCCUGCUGGACUACCUGCUGGCAUGGGAGGCACUGCUGCAGGAAGACUAUGAGAACGUGAGGGUGUCUGGCCGCACCUUGUCUGGGGCCACCCGCAGUCUCCUGGACCUCGUUGAAGGCAAAGGGGAGGCAGCCUGCAGGCUCCUGUUUGCUGCUUUAAACCAAGUCCUGGCCGCUUCGCAGAAAUCCCACCUGUCCCUGGAGGAUUUCAGCAGCCCACCGCCGCUGGAAACGGACCCACCCUCCUCCGCGGUGCAGUCCCUCCUGCGGUACAGGCCUUCCCUGGUAAGAAAGCUCCACGGGCACGUCGCAGCCACGCUGAAGCUUCUCGUGGACAGAGGCUGUUUCACACAGUACGACUGUGAUGAAGUUCAGCUGCCUGUGUACACACCCUCACAGCAGGCACGGAGACUGCUGGACCUCACCAGAAUGAAGGGAGAAGACACUGCCCAGCUGCUACUGACGACCAUCCAGCAGUUAGGAAAGGGACCCGCUGAUACCCCCAGUGGUGCCAUAUACUUGAAGUACCAGAAGAAGCUGAGGACCACAGUUUCAGCCCAGUCGCGAUUCCUCAGCACCUACGACAGGACCGACAACAUCUGCCUGGAGGACAUCUAUACAGACGGCGUCCUGGAAGUAUCGCAGAACGCAUGUGGGACGAGUGACCAGAAGCAGUGUCCCAUUGGGCUGGAGGACAUCCUGAGCUCGGCCGGGACGGUGAACGAGGACGCAGACACAGUGCUGAUAUCGGGGGAGGCGGGCAGUGGAAAGAGCACCCUGCUGCAGUGGCUCCACCUGCUCUGGGCUUCGGGCAGGGCCUUCCAGGAAUACCUAUUCGUCUUCCCCUUCAGCUGCAGGAGACUGAACUUCAUGGAGAGGGAGGUGUCUCUGCGUUCGCUCAUCUUCGAACACUGCUGCUGGCCGGAUGCAGACCAGGAUCAGGUCUUCCAGUUCAUCCUCAGCCACCCCGAGAAAACCCUGCUCACCUUCGACGGCUUCGACGAGUUUAAAUUCUGCUUCGCCGACGAGAAGAGGCACUGCUCCCCCACCAGCCCCACAGGCAUCCAAAGCGUCCUUUUCAAUCUCCUGCAGGGAAACCUGCUGAAGAGCGUGUGCAAGGUGAUCACCAGCAGGCUGGAGGCAGUCAGCGCCCCUCUGAAGAAGUACAUCCGGAAGGAGGCAUCCCUGAAAGGCUUUUCCCAACAAGGCAUAGAGUCAUUUAUUAGGAAAAACCACAGCGACCCGACGGUCACAGCACGCUUGAUUGGAUCCUUACAGAGUAACUCAGCUCUUUUCAGCCUGUGCCACAUUCCAGUUUUCUCCUGGAUUGUUUCCAGGUGCCAUGCAGAGCUGCUUGGGCAGGGGAGCAGCAGUCCACAGACCAUGACAGACCUUUACCUGAUGAUACUUCAGCACUUCCUCCUGCACUCAGCCCAGUCUGCGGCUGGCAGCUGGAUACAGGGAAGGGUCGGCACCAUCCUUCGCUUGGGAAAGCUGGCCCUGGAUGGCUUAGUGUCGUCCUGCUAUGUGUUUUCAACCCAGGAUCUCAAGCAGGCUCAAGUGGCUGAGGAGGACAUCUCAACAGGGUUUCUCAGCACCAGCAAGAACAUCUCCUCCCAAAGCGGCAAGCACUACGAGUUCCUCCACAUCACAGUGCAGUGCUUCUUUGCAUCCCUCUUCAUCGUUAUCAACGACAACAUCGACCAUUUCAUUAUCGCUGCGCUUUUCUGUUCUGGUACCAAGAAGUCUGCACUGGCUUCUGUCAGGACUUGUCCGGAGCCUUGCUUCCUCUCCACCUCCCGCCAAGAAAGCAGAGUGCAAACGCUGCUGCAGAAAGCAGAAAGACCAAACCUUCAAAUAACUGCCAGCUUUGUGGCUGGCCUGCUGUCUCAGCGCCACAGGAGUGCACUGCUCGAAUCGUGCCAGCCUGCGAAACUGGCCAGGAAGCAUGAUUACGUGAAAAAGUACUUGUCUAAAGGCAUGCUGAAGCACUUCAAAUCAAUACCUCCCCCGCUGAAGGGGGAGAAGAAAAGCAUGCAUGCCAUGCCUGAAUUUGUGUGGCUGAUCAAGUGCAUUUAUGAAAUGCAGAACAGCGACUUAGCCAAAGAUGCCAUGGCGAAACUUGAAGUGGAGCACUUGAAGCUGACCUACUGUAAUAUCGGCCCGGCUGAAUGCACUGCCCUGGCCUUUGUGCUGAGGCAUCUGAAGAAGCCUAUCGGUUUGCAGUUAGACUGCAAUUCAGUGGGAGACGCAGGAAUCGAGCAGCUCCUUCCCUGCCUGGAGAAGUGUCAUGCUAUUUACCUUCGCAACAAUAACAUUUCAGACGAGGGCAUCUGCAGACUGCUUGAGAAAGGGAUUCAUUGCCCGAGUUUUCAGAAGAUUGCGCUGUUUAACAACAACUUAACAAAUGAAUGUACGAAGCAUUUUGCAAAACUUCUCAAGCAGAAGCAAAAUUUUCUUUCCUUAAGGUUGGGUAAUAACCACAUCACAGAGGAAGGUGCGGAGCAGCUGGCCGAGGGGCUGAGAGAAAGCAGCUCCCUUCAGUACCUGGGGCUGUGGGGGAACAAGAUCGGAGACAAGGGUGCAGAAGCACUGGCACGGGCCCUUCAGAGCAGCAGGACUUUGGUUUGGUUAAGCCUGGUAGACAACAACAUCGGCAGUGUCGGGGCGCACGCUCUGGCUGAGCUGAUCCAGGGGAGUGUCUCUCUGGAGGAGCUCUGGCUUACAAACAACCACAUUACAAGACAGGGGGUGCAGUAUCUUCUAGAAGCACUUGAGAAAAAUACUACUGUUAAAUCAGUGUGGUUGAGAGGCAACAAACUGAGCACUGAGGAGGUUGAGGAACUCACCCAGAUUGACAGAAGACUUACUUUCUGAGUUCCCUUAAGAUUCUAAUUCCACCAAACUCGUGGGUGCCAAAGACUGACAUCACAAUGCCGCAGUGUUGACAUCACAAUGCUGCAGUGGUGACAUCACAAUGCUGCAGACACGACAGCAGGCCUCACUGGGCUUUGAGAACUAAUAAAAAGAAAGAAAACAGAACUUUGGGAAGGAUGUACUAAGCCUUUUCUGUAAUGCAAAGUUUGCAAGCUGUUUUUUUUAUUUUAGGAAUUCAUAUCUGUAAAUGUUUGAAUACUAGAAAGAAGCAACAUGAACUGUUAAUUUAAGUGAAUCUAUUAGAAAAAAAAGAAGAUAGGUACUGUUUUAUUUGCUUUAACUGCAUCUAUUUAGGCACAAUGUGUGGAUAAGCACUUAUUUCUGGUUAGUGCUUGUGCUUGCUUUAUGACAUCUAGUGUCCUUUGUAUGAAGAACUCUUAAUUACAAAAGACAGUGUUGCAAAACAAAACAGAGCACUGUGUAUUAUACAGGAGAGCAGCCAUCCAUGUAAUGUGUGAAGCUACUGCUUCUUGUCUUACGUCAGACCACCGGGUAUGCAGGCAGGCCCUUGAGCUUGUUUAUGUUUAGCGAUUAACAGUGACUGGCAGCUCUUCAGGACCCUCCUGGGACCUUUGUAAAGCUGACACAGGGCACGGCCAGUCGCACUUCCAGUCCUCAGCAUCUCUGGUCAGAGAGAGUGUUGAAAUGACAGUGUGGAGAGAGGGUCAAGCACAGGCAGACCAUGUCUUCUGCAAUGCCAGAGUGCGUUUGGGAAAUAUCUGCUUCGUUGAACUGCUGUUUAGCUGCUAGCUCACAAAAUCUGCUGGUGCUGGACAGAAAAAUAGAAAAAUACCCCUGCCAUCUGUAGAACACGCUGGUGUAAAUUAAAGGUACGUGUAGAUGCAUGUGGGACCCAGGCAGGCUGCAGCUUCACAGUAGGUGUUCACUGAUGUGUUUGGCAGUAGCAGUGAUGAUGAGACAGGCUGGAGCUGAAGACACACACACACAGACAUUUCACAAUGCAGAGGCCAGGUAGAGACCUGUACUGGAAUAAAUUACAGUUCAAAUGUGCAGUAACACUGGAAGCAUAUCUGCUGUUAAGCCGAAGGAACACAAAGCCACUUUUUCUUGGUUUCAGGAGACCCAUGUCUCCUGAAACCAAGUUCCAAGCCACAAAGUCGCUUCAUGUUCCCUCAGCUUUGCUCCAUAUGGGAAGGGACUGUGUAAGGAAGAUCUGGAGUCCAGGGUUCUACAGCAGAGAUUCCAAUUGCUGGAAUUCAGUGAUUACUGUUGCAGUCUCCCAAUCCCUUUGUCUCUACCUCUUUCACCAAUGACUGGUAAUGUGGCCACUUUAUUAGGAAUAUAUAACUAGCUGUAGAAAAUGAUAGUGAAUUGUACUAUAGACGCACAUAUUAUUAUUAUUAUUAUUAUUAUUAUUAUUAUUAUUAUUAUUAUUAUUAUUAUAUUUUUGGAAUGUGUUGCUUCAUUAGACUAAUAUGUUAAUACUGUACUCAUUGUGUACAUCCCACACACUUUUUACCCAGUAAAAAAUAAUUA